AUGGCGGUUACCAACGCCGGUGGCGAGUGCAUCCGCUUGCGCGGGAUCUACGACUACAGGGAAGACGGCGACGGCAAGAACGGGGAAGGUGUAUAUGUCGGAACCUCGAGCAGUCAGUGGGACAAUGAUAACAAUUGGGAUGACGUACCAGACGUGUGCAUGGGCAACAUCAUCCGUGACAACUACAUCAGGACAAGGGGUAAUGAAGGUAUUGACGUGAAAGAAGGAACCGUUGACACCCUGAUCGAGUACAACGAGGUGUACAUGCAAUACGACGACGACUCCGGAGGCAUCGGAAGCCGUGGUGACCGGAGCAUCAUCCGCUACAAUUACAUCGAAGACACGGACGGCGCGGGUGUCCGUCUAGGAGGCCACACCGUCGAUGGCAUUGAGUACGGCAAAAAUAACCAGGUAUACGGAAACACCAUGGUCGACUGCCGGCAGUCCGCCGUAAAGGUCAUGGUCGACCCCCAGGGUCAGAUCUGCGACAACGACGUUACACUUCCUGAUAACGUUGACGAGGACGACUACGAGUACUCCGGAGGAGACUUCUACUACGACCCGUUGAAACCCUGUGACUCUUCGCCCACGCCGGAGCCCGGGUCAACCCCUACACCGGUGACCCCAUCACCGGAGGCAACACCCGAGCCAACGACUGAGCCGCCAACGACCGAACCGCCAACGACUGAACCGCCAACGACUGAACCGCCAACGACCGAACCGCCAACGACCGAGCCAACGCCCGAACGAACACCCGGGCCAACGCCCGAACCAACGCCCGAAUCCACCCCUGAAACCCCUGGUACGUGCAGCGACGGUACUGAGGGCCUCGACGGCAACGGUGUCGUCUGCUGCCCCCUCGGAUGUGGCCAGUGCGCGGGUUCGGGGUGCAGCACCGCUGGCGCUGCGAAUGGUCUUACCUCUAGUUCAUGCUGCGGAGGAGGGAUCAAGAGUAGCGGCAACUACUGUGACGACACCGGCGUGGCCCCAUGCAUCUACGGCAGCGCUCCCGAUGCUGGCGAUGAUGACGAUGGUGACGAUGACAACGAUGAUGACGAUGACGAUGAUGUUGGCACGUGCAGCGACGGUAUUGAGGGCCUCGACGGCAACGGUGUCGUCUGCUGCCCGCUCGGAUGUGGCCAGUGCGCGGGUUCGGGGUGCAGCACUGCUGGCGCUGCGAAUGGUCUUACCUCUAGUUCAUGCUGCGGAGGAGGGAUCAAGAGUAGCGGCAACUACUGUGACGACACCGGCGUGGCCCCAUGCAUCUACGGCAGCGCUCCUGAUGCUGGCGAUGACGACGAUGGUGACGAUGACAACGAUGAUGACGAUGACGAUGAUGUUGGCACGUGCAGCGACGGUAUUGAGGGCCUCGACGGCAACGGUGUCGUCUGCUGCCCGCUCGGCUGUGGCCAGUGCGCGGGUUCGGGGUGCAGCACUGCUGGCGCUGCGAAUGGUCUUACCUCUAGUUCAUGCUGCGGAGGAAGGAUCAAGAGUAGCGGCAACUACUGUGACGACACCGGCGUGGCCCCAUGCAUCUACGGCAGCGCCCCCAACGCUGACGAUGAUGAUGACGGUGACGAUGAGGGCGAUGAUGAUAGUGAGGAAGACGACGAUGACGAGAAUACGUGCAGCAACGGCCUCGAGGGCAUCGACCACAAGGGCGAGGUCUGUUGUCCACUUCGGUGUGGCCAGUGCGGAGGUUCGGGAUGCAGCACUUCUGGCGCUUCGAACGGUCUUGGCGCUGAUUCUUGCUGCUCAUCGGAAAUAAAUGAUAGCGGCAGGCACUGUGACGACACUAACGAGGCCCCGUGUAUCAUUUAA